GAGGAGGGACCUCCCACCGAUGGUAGGGGCAAGUUUUUUCCACUAUGUUCACUGCACGCGGAGCGUCGCAGCUGUUGAGGUGUGCUUCGCGAGCAAUUCUGCAGUCGACGUGCUCAUGGUGCCCACUUUCCGUAGACUGACCCAUACCUUCUGGUGACAUUCAGGACUCAAGAAUGCACCGUGAGCUUUUGUAUUUAAACGGGACAGGACCCUGACUACGUUCGGCUUCUGACGCGAAGUCUUGCUAAACAAUAUCAUGGUCACCUCUGGACGAAAUGCCCCAAAGUCGGAGAACCUCGUCAAUAAUUUGCUCCAGAACUUUAAUAAUGAGCUUCUACCUUCUGCUGGGAUUGCGUUCUUCAGGUGCCAGCUCCAGAUCAAAAAGGAACUUCUUCCACACCUACAAACCGCUAGAGCACCGAGUUGAAGGUAGAUCGACCUCUGAAGGGCUGGACAUUAUUAUUCCCACAAAUGGUGUUAGCCCUUACAGAAGAAGUCAGUCAUCUGGCGUCGUCCCUUUGACUGGGUUUAAUGGUACUGUUCGGUACAUAACGCUAUCUAAGGAACAGGAUCAGCGAACCUCCAGUGAGAGCUUACCAAGAGCUCAAAGCCCUUCGUACGCACACGGCUUGAGACAGCGCCACGACAAAUUACAGUGGCUAUCUCUUGGCAAUAUCGGACAAGUAGGUGUCCUCCAACCAAAAGUAUACCGUGGUGAUUUGUCAUUAUCUUCCCACCAGUGGAGGAACUAUUUAGCUGAUACAGAGCGCAGAAGACAGGUGAGAGUCGACGAAUUAUUUCAAACUCACGAAGAACACGAUAUCUCUGUUACAUAUUCUAAACACAUCACGCAGAACACCUCAUCAUACGGAAACGAAAAUUUGGAUGAUAAGUCUGCCUUCUGGCGUCGUUCUGUUCAGUUUCCAGAUGAAUCAGUUUCUCUCACUCAGAACCCUGGAAAACACGAAGACAUCGCUUACAGAGAUGCGACGUGGAACCAUGUUGGUCAUGGCACAGAUAUACUUUACAGUGUUUGCAAACAUCGGAAGAGAAGGCAACGACCACGAAGGGAUUCAGCAGGAGGAGAGCAUAAAGCUAGAAGAGGUGCAGCUACACUUGUUCAGAUGAAAUUUAAAAGCUCGGGCCAUGCAGUCGAGGAGCAAUUGAAGUUUGAUGUAUUGGCUUCCCGUAAGGCGAGGCUGUCACAGUCCUACGCUUCAAGGACUCCAAGACGUCAGAAAGAUGGCUUAUGUGACGGAGAACAACGCUGCGUUGAUGGCAUGAACCCUGACAAAAACAACGUUUUCCGUGCCACCACAGGAAGACUACUGGACAUAGCCUUGCCCAGAGUUACAAAAACAUUGCCUUCAGAUAGUACGCGCAAAAAAGACGAUGUAUCGGCAAUAUCACGGCUGUGUGUAACAGAAACUACAGUGCCAUAUGGUUCGGAGUUGAAACGUCGUUUGCCAGGAGCUAUCAUAAUUGGUGCGAAAAAAGCUGGAACUCGAGCACUCUUGGAGUACCUGCGGCUUCACCCUGAUGUCCGUGCAGCUGGACCAGAACCCCAUUUCUUUGACAAGAACCAUUACCGAGGUCACGAGUGGUAUCGGUGCCAGAUGCCCUUGAGCCGACAGCACCAUCUAACCAUUGAGAAAACCCCAAGCUACUUCGUCGCUCGUGAUGUCCCUCAGCGAAUAAGAAUUACGUUGAUAAACACGAAGUUGCUGCUAGUCGUACGAGACCCAGUGAUUCGAGCCCUAUCGGACUACGCCCAGGCGACGUCCAAAGGACAGCGCUUGUCCUUCUUCGAAAUGCUCUUCACAAACACAUCAAGUGGUGGUCCAGACACGCAGUUUGUGGUGGACCCAAGAAAGACACUAGUCCGAAUCGGCCUUUAUGCGGUCCAUUUUACACGAUGGUUGCGUUAUUUCAAACGCGAGAACAUCCACGUUGUAAGUGGAGAACGGUUGGUGACAGACCCCGUGGGAGAGGUGAAUGCGGUUCAAGACUUCUUGGGACUCAAGAGGCUGAUUGGAGUGGAACAAUUUGUCAUGAAUGCCACGAAAGGAUUUCCCUGCUUCAAGAGGAGAGGACAUUCGAAAAAGGCGCACUGUUUGAACGUGUCGAAAGGAAGGGUUCACCCUGCAGUCCAUCCCGAACUGGUGGAAAGGUUGAGGGAUUUUUAUAGGCCGUUUAAUUACCAGUUUUAUAACAUAGUGAGUAGGGACUUCGGAUGGUUGUGACACAAAAGCAGUGAGUGGCUCGUGAUAAAUGAGGUGCGAAAAGAAAAUGUAUUAAAACGUGAUAAUUUUUCUUUUUCA